UCGAACAGCUAAGCCCAAUUGCAACCCAUCUCUCCAAGCUGGCCUCAAAAAUAUCGAGGCCGGCAAACCAAACGCCGCUCCUUCAUAUACCGAUACCUUAAUACGAAACACCUCAACAUGCUAUCCGGCCUCCAAAAUCCGCGGCAAGCAGCCGCCCAGCUGCUCAAUUUCGCCCUCAUCCUCUCUACCGCAUUCAUGAUGUGGAAAGGCCUCUCCGUCUUCGCCGACUCGCCCUCGCCCAUCGUCGUCGUGCUCUCGGGAUCCAUGGAGCCCGCCUUCCAGCGCGGCGACCUUCUCUUCCUCUGGAACCGGAACCUGCUAGCCGAGACCGACGUCGGCGAGGUCGUGGUCUACAACGUCAAGGACAAGGACAUCCCCAUCGUGCACCGCGUCGUGCGCAAGUUCGGCACCGGCGACCACGCGCGUCUGCUGACGAAGGGCGACAACAACGCCGCCGACGACACCGAGCUGUACGCGCGGGGGCAGGACUACCUCGAGCGCAAGGACAUCAUCGGCAGCGUCGUCGCGUACAUUCCGUUUGUGGGCUAUGUGACGAUUAUGCUGAGCGAGCACCCUUGGUUGAAGACUGUUAUGCUGGGGAUCAUGGGGUUGUUGGUCGUGCUGCAGCGCGAGUAAAUGGUGGAAAAAUACCUGGGGGAGGCGUCUGGAAAUUGCAUGCAUGCAGAUUUUCGGGAUUGACUUUAGCCUUGGAUCUAUUCGCGAAUAAAAAUACUACGAUCGAAUGAAACGGUGCGACUUUUGGCAGCUCUGCCACUUCUUGUGACUUGACCCAGCACGAUAACGUCCAAGAUGCGUCAAUCUGGAAUCGGGGUAUGCUGGUAUGGAUGCCACAAGGAUAUAUCCUCAUUGCCUAACGGUAGGUAGGCACAAAUGGUUAGACAACUCUAUUCUCGUUCCUGCAGGUCUUACUCGUCUAGCCUCUGAAGAACAAUGAGCAAGUCACAAUAAGUUACGACUUACGUGAACUAAUACACUAGAAACACACCAGGAGACAAGUCCAUCACACAGAAAGGCAUGUGUUACCCAGGAA